CGUCGCCUUCGUGGGUGUGACGACGUGCCACGUGGCAUAUAUGGCCACCGGUGGAUCAGAUCUGUCGUCUGGUUGAAGGGGGACCACGUGUUGAAUGGAUAAUGUAUUGGGUUUUCAUCAUUCCCGAAGUCGUUGGUACUACUGCGUUAUCCGAAUGGUUUCAACUGUUAGCAGCAUGCCGUGAUGGGCCAUUGGCAGUUAACCACGUGGCGGCCUCUCACUACAUGUGUCUCAUCAAUUCUAUCAGCAUUCGCGCUUGCAGGUGAGUUUUUCAUUUUGGCAAAUGGUGAAUCAGCAACAACUGGGGGUUCUUGCCCCUCCGGCUGGACGAGGGGCCCUUUGUCUGGUAUCUGCCUGAGGGUAGUGGACUGGCCUGUGUGUCGAGCAUGUCCCAUUAAGGAUCCGGGACCUUCGCCUCUGAAAGCGUGGUACCAAGCGGAGUUGUUUUGCGAGCAACAUGGGGGCCAUCUUGCAUCGCCCAAAUCGCACAAGGAGUUUGCAGACAUUUAUUCCUUGGGGAUAAAUGCCAGUGUCCCAUUCGACAACAAUCCGAUGAGCACAUUCAGUGUGGUUGCAUUUCCGUACAUUGGAGCAUAUAAGGACCCUGAUGCCAGACGUUCACUCUGGGCCGAUUGCUCGGUGGCAUGGGAUGAUGCUGUCGUGACAUGGCAGCCGGCAACGUCAGAGGACCCAAAAGGUGAUGCAUCGCCUUCCUCACUGUCUUCAACAAGCUCAGUGGUCGCCGCAAGUUUAUUCGGCAGUCGUAGUCCAUCCAAUUGCAGCCGUCUCUCUUUCAGGUCACCGACAUGCCCUGGAUGCGGACCUGAUUUCUCCACUCCGCUUGCGACAUGGGUUCCCUGCGAUCAGCAACGGGCAUUUGUCUGCAGUCGGGCACAUGACAAGAAUCUGACAAGAUGCACAGGGCAAUUGCGUACAGCUGACAGUAAUGAAGGCUGGUCAGAAUGUCCUGCAGGAUGGACCUUGAGUUCAUCCACUUCUCCCAGGUAUUGUGUUCGAUUGGAGGAGCGACGUCUCACCUGGCCUGAGGCCGAUGAGGACUGUAAGAAGAAGAAUGCCACUCUUGCAUCUCCCAGCAAUGAUGUCGAGGCCAGAGGAAUUUACAGCGCUUAUCUAUAUCUCGUCAAAGGGAAGGUCCCAGAUAGUCCCAGUAAUCUCCCUUUCAUUGGUGUCAGGAGUACAAUAUCUGGCACUGCCUGGGGCGCUCCAGAUAGUGGCAAUGCCGUCAGUUAUGUGUGGUCAGAUUGCAGAGUAAGUUGGAACAUAGCUGAAGAUAAGAGUGGUUUGUUUCAGGACACUGGUGACGGCAAUUGCGUCCGUAUCGCCCAUCCCCCGGAGGGAGGCGAAGGGGUCAUCACUGCUCGGUAUGCGACCACAAACUGCAAGGGUCGGAGGCCCUACCUCUGCACCUUAUCAAAUUGUCUGGAUGCGAGUGGCAAGGUCUGUUCCUGCAAUUCAACCUUCACCUAUGCUCAAGAACUGAGCCUAUCAGGAUCUCCAAGCAUGCGCGGUGGGAUGGCCGUUCUUCGACUCGGGCCUGACACGGGUGCAGGGAAGGUGGAGGUCGUGAUCAAGGCUGAAGGAGAACCCUCAGCCACAACACCUCCUCCCCCUCCUCUGACCCCUGCGCAGCGACGCAAGAGAGAAAUCCAAGAGAAACUGCGAGAGCAACAGGCGCUGCUCGCAGAGGCUGAGAGACAAAAAGCUGCAAAACUGGAGGCUGCAACAGAUGCUUCCAGGAAAGAACAUCUGCUGCAGCAAGCUCAGAAGACCUUUGCAGAUUCUAGAGUGUCCCAGUGCACCAGAGAUCUGGCUGAGUUGGUCCUGUUGCAAGACAAGCUGACAGCCGGCCAUUUCACAAACUGGGAUGAGAGGAUCCAGAGACUGGAAACACGGGUGGCUGAUCUGGGAACUCAGCAGUCAAAGAUCCUGGAUGCUAUCCAGAAUCUGACUGCUCAGUUAAUAGCAGCCAACCUUAUCAGUCCCCUGGUCCCUGUGGUCCCCACUCUAAAGCCCAAAAAGGCUUCUCAGCCCCCUUCUCCACCUUCUUCACCCUCUGGAUCUUCUCACCCCUCGCAUAAGACUUCUCCCUCUGUCUCCUCCCAGGCCAAGGCCACACCUCCCCCCACCUUUGCUGCUGUUGUUGCUGGGGACUCACGAGGACCCAAGAUUCCUGCCCCCGACAAAUUCAAGGGGGAUGACCCCAAGAUUGAUGUGGGGGACUGGGCAGCUGGAACCCGGGCCUAUGUGAAGGGUUUCCAGUGCCCAGAACAGCAAAAGGUGGCAACCGUUAUGGGCCUGCUGGAGGGGCCAGCCCAAAAAUGGGCUACCUCUACAGCAAGUGCCCAGAACCAGACUUUGGAGGACAAGGCAUUGGCACUGGGGGCAGACAAACUUCUGCAGGCCCUGGAGGACAGGUUUGCAGACAAGGAACGCGCGCCUUUUGCAAGGCUGCGCCUGAGAAGUUCUCAGUCGCUUUGCAUAGCGCCGGGCACAAAGACUGGCGCUCAUUUGGACGUGCAGGCCAAGCUCCAUGUUCAAGCCCCCUCCAGUGACAGGAGGAAAGGCGCCUUCCCUCGCGGUGGUAGAAAGGGAAAGGCGGCCUUUGCAUAUGCGGGUUCUGGGACAUCAUCUGAUGCAGGAUCCCGACCUGGUACACCGCCAGGUGGGACUGCAGCAGCUGCUGUUCCAGAUGUUGCAGCAGUUGUCCAGCAGCUGCAGGCUGCGCUGGGGGCCUUCCAAAAGGCCGGGUCUACCUCCAGCACACGCUCUAGCAGCAAGGGGAAGAGCCAGGGACGUCGCUCUUCAACCCCUGCCCGACGUCCUAAUCUGCCACGUGACGUCCACUUCCCAGCAGACCCUCUGAACCCCAACACUGUCCCAUGGCAUGAUCUGAAGAUCCAGGAGGGAGUGUGGAGGAAGAGGAAGGAGAGAGGUGUCCGCUUGCGGUGUGAGGGACAACACUUUCUGAAGGACUGUCCCUACAUGCCAAGCCCAGCUCAGUCAAAAAACUGAAGCUGAACCUGGAGACAACAGUUCCCUCCAGUGCUGCAACUGCAUCUGCAGCUGCAGCAGCUUCAAUUGAGACUCAUUCCUUCCCAUCCAAUGUGGGGACUGCACGGGCAGCAUCCUUCACUUAUGAGGAUCCUGACUCGGAUCAGGAACCGGACCAGUCAGAGUGUCAGGCUCUUGCUGCUUUUUUUUUUCAUCUGAGAGAACAAAAGCAGAAUAAGUCU